AUGGGUGUUACUCCUACUACUAGUACCGUCGUACCCCACGCCACGCAGCAGCACCGCGAGGACCCAACCCCGGCUUACCCGAGCGAGCGAGAAGAGGCGAUAGAGCACGGGAGGCAGCACCGCUCGGGAGCAAUGGAGAGGGCGACGCCGGUGCGGAGCCCGCACACCUCGACGGCCGACCUGCUCACGUGGUCGGCGACGGGCGCCGACGCCUCCGCCGCCUCGCCGGCCGCCCCGUCCCGCCCCAGCCUCAAGCCGGCUGGGGGGAUCACGCCGGCCAUGUUCGGCGCGCCGGUGAGCGAGCACGAGGCCGAGGAUCUGAGCAACAGUGAAAGGAGAUUGAUGUCCGGUUCAAAGAUGAAGGAAAUGACUGGGAGUGGGAUAUUUGCUGAAAAGAACGAGAAUAGUGAUUCAGAGUCUUCAAAUCCUGCAAACAGAACUUCUGUGAGGAUGUAUCAGCAAACUGUAACUGGAGUAAGUCAGAUCUCAUUUAGCGCUGAUGGAAGUGUUUCUCCAAAGAAGCCAUCCUCAAUUCCUGAAGUGGCUAAGCAGCGAGAGCUUAGUGGCACAUUCGAGACUGAUGCUGAAGCUAAAAUUAAUAAGCAGCUUUCUGAAGCCAAGAACAAGGAGCUCAGCGGAAGCAAUAUCUUUGGUCCACCUCCUGAGACCCCUGCAAGGCCACUGGCUGCUCGUAAUAUGGAGCUACAAGGAAAUGUAGAUUUUGCACUUCCACAACGAAGAAGCGUGCACACAUCAGUGAAAGUAUCCAAUCCUGCUGGAGGUCCAAGCAACAUCACGUUCAGUGAGGAUCCUGUAACGAAGACAGCAAAGAAAAUUCACAACCAGAAGUUCCAAGAGCUGACAGGCAAUAACAUCUUUAACGAGGAUGCUCCCCCUGGCUCAGCCGACAAGUCUCUGAGCUCAGCAAAGCUUAAGGAGAUGAGCGGCAAUGACAUCUUCUCUGAUGGAAAGGCGUCUUCGCGAGACUACCUCGGCGGUGUCCGGAAGCCACCUGGUGGCGAAAGCAGCAUUGCACUCAUCUAA